AUGAGCAGCACAAAGCGAGGCGUCUUACAAGUAAGUCAAGUAUAAUAUUGUUGUAGUUUUAGCUGAUAUACUUAUGGUUGGUUUUUAUUGUUCUUAUCUUUAUGUUUGUCUUCAUUAGGUUCAUGUUGUGUUUCAGACGCUGACCAAUUUCUUCUUUACACGAAAACGAAAGCAUUUAGAAUAUGAGAAGGAUUCUCCUGUUAUCAAAUGUAUCAAAACGCACAGUAAGUUGAUAAUAAUAUAAUUUUACUUUUGCUUAUGAAUCUGCAUUUCUUGUUUUGUUGUUAAAAUAGGUAAUAUUUUUGCUAAUUUUUCUCAAAUCUCUUAGUUCUUUGUAGAUUAGAUAAAGGUUUAGUUUAUUUUAGGUAUGUAUUAUAGUAUUCUUCAUGUUUUCAGGUAAAUCCAAUGAUAAAACGAACUAUUUGCAAGCUCUUCCUCGGGAAAUAUUAUGGACAGUAUUUGAAAACCUGGACCUCAAAUCUCUUAUCAGAACGACAAUGACAUCAGAACGAUUAAAAUUAGAAGUGGCUGGAUUCCUGGCUUCUUUCAAACAGAUUCCAUAUUUGGCCAAGCAUCUUGGGGUCCUUAACUACCACGAGAAAUGUUGUUUUAUGUCUAAAUUAUGUAAGAAAUUGGGGAGGAUUUUUGAAUUAACGAUUGAUGUAGUUGUUUCUACUUAACUUAUGUUGUUUUAGUUGACAUAUUCUUGACCCGUUUUGCAUCAGAUCGAGUUAAUCUUACUGUCAAAUGGUUUACUUUGGCAUAUGAAUAUAGAACAAGGAUUCCACUCUCUAUUGCGUUUACUACGGUAAGUGCUUUGGACUAUUUUAUGCGUGUUGUCUAUUUUUAAAAUUUGUUACCUAAUUUACUUAACAAAUGUUAUUAAAAGUGUUUCAAUUUUUCAGCUCAUGCACAACUAUGCAUUUUUGCAUUGUGAGAAAAUAUUUGAUGCUUUAUAUUCACUGUGGUUUGAGACGGAUGUGAGUUGUUACAUAAUGUUAAGGUCGAAAGGAAGGUUCAGUCCUCGAUUGGAGAAAAAUAUAUUCCAAAACUUUACCAGCGUUUUCUAUAACAGAAGAACGGCAAGAUUAGAACGUGCUGUGGUUGUGUCCAUGUUCUUGAGGAAGAUAUCAGAUCCAAGAAAAAGGUUUUACUUGGCACAACUCUUGUUUGGGCCUCGGAAUUUGUCAGAUGGACGAACUUGUAAGUUAUUUUGGUAUUUUAUGCAGAAUGGAAAUAAGAAUUAUUUGAAAAACAACUUGCUUAUAUAUGAAAAUUAUAAGCAAUUUAGUUAUUUUAUGUCCAAAUUGUUGGUUUUAUCUUAUAAAAGAAAGUGAAAAAGGAUAUUUUUUAGCAUUGAUCGACUUUGAAAUGCUGGAAGAUGGUGAUGGAGAAGGCCUUCAAGCAUUCAAUGAACUCGACGGAUUCCCUGAGUUCUUCCAAAUGCUGGUCGAACUUCGCGGUCGAGGAGCAAACUCAAAACAUAGGUGGUCUAGAAGUGAAAUCUUUUUGAUAUUGGAGGAUGUCACAAGUGAGUGAAUUUUGAAGGUCUUGGAUAAAAUAUUGGCGGACGGAUUUUUCUUUGUCUAUUUUUUUAUUUUGUUUUAUGUUUAACAGUGUGUGCUAAUUACUUUUACAGUUUAUGUGUAAAGCUCAUAUUGACAAUUUUAAAAAAUGCAACUAUUUUAUUUUUAAGCACAACCAUUGUGGUCGAUGUUGAACUUUGCUCGUUUGUUGUUGAUGUGUCCGUAUCUUGCUAUUAAUACCACGGUGAUCAGAUGUCGGAAUAGUUUGUAUGAGGAUGCUGCUUUUGUUUUGUAUCACUUGCUUUUGGUAUGUUUUUCUUAUUACAUUAUGUAACUUUGUUUUCUUUAUUAAUGGCAUUUUAAUUGUAGUUUUUAAGUUUAAAAUGCUGUUUUUUAGCUUUGUGAAAGUCAUAACACGUCGUUGAAUUUGUUGCUGCCAAUUAUGAAGGAUCUCGAUCGUGCACUUGCUACAUGGCUACGAGAUGCGACAAUUGAAUGUGCGACGAACGAUUCGACGGCCUCUAAGAAGAAGUGCUUACAGGCCAUGGAAAUGAUUGAAGAAGCUUUCGACCGUGUUUUCCGGCCAAUCUCAAGACGGAAUUCUUAA